AUGAUUCCUGGUUUGAUCAAAACCAUGAAUCCGCAUCACCAGAUUGCUUCUGAGAUUCAAGACAUCAAGUUAUCACUUGGUAGAAUCAAAGAAAGAAGUACAAGGUUUGAGUUUCUGUCUGAAAAUGAAGCAGGAAGGACUAAAGCUCCUAGAAUUGGUGACCCUCGAAUGGCUCCGUAUUUCAUUGAAGAGACUCAAGUUGUAGGAUUUGAGUCCGCGCGAGAUGAAUUGGUCAGAUGCUUGGUGGAGGAAAACAAUGAGCUCAUGUUGGUUGCUGUGGUUGGCAUGGGAGGACUCGGGAAAACUACUCUCGCAAAGAAUGUUUUUGAUAGCCAGCUAGUGAAAAAGAACUUUGAUUGUAGAUCUUUCAUCACUGUUUCGCAAUCGUACACCAUCAGAGAGCUGUUGACAGAAAUGAUAAAGAAAUUUUGCAAGGACAGCAACGAGCCUAUUCCAAGGGGUCUGCAGAAUAUGGAUGAUGAAACUUUGAUUAAUCAAGUGAGACAAUACCUUGAGUCAAAAAGACAAAGCAUGGGAGCUGUUUUGCAACAAGACGUUUAG